AUGGGUCGCAUGCACGCUCCCGGAAAGGGCAUUUCGUCCUCUGCUCUUCCCUAUCGCCGUACACCACCUUCCUGGCUGAAGACGACACCCGAGGAUGUCGUCGAGCACAUCACGAAACUCGCCCGUAAGGGUCUGACCCCGUCCCAGAUCGGCGUUACCCUCCGCGACUCGCACGGCGUCCCCCAAGUGCGAUUUGUGACGGGUAACAAGAUCCUCCGUAUCCUCAAAUCCCAUGGUCUCGCGCCGCAGAUCCCCGAGGACCUCUGGCAUCUUGUGAAAAAGGCGGUUGCGGUUCGCAAGCACCUCGAGACGAACCGCAAGGACAAGGACUCCAAGUUCCGCCUCAUCCUCAUUGAGUCGCGCAUCCACCGCCUCGCGCGUUACUACAAGACGAAGCAACAGAUCCCCCCAACGUUCAAGUACGACUCGGCGACCGCUUCCACCCUCAUCGCAUGA